UUCAAAGAUGGAGGUUAUAGUAGGCAUGUAUGAUGAAUCUCUGUGUGCUUUACGACUUUGUUGUGAAGACGAUGAGCAAAAUUACAAAUUCGAGGCUGCAUUUUCUGAUCAUGGUCACGGUGGCUGUGUGAAAACAGUAGCUUGUAAUGAAAAAAUUUUGGCUUCUGGUUCUACAGAUGAAACAGUAAGAUUAUUUGAACUGAAACAACGUGUAGAAAUUGGGCGUCUAACUCAGCAAGAAGGAACAAUCACGUGUUUGGCUUUCUGUGAUACUUCGCAUAUGUUAAGUGGUAGUGAAGAUGGGACAAUUUGUGUUUGGGAAUGCAAAACGUGGGAUUGUUUAAAAGUUCUCAAAGGACAUCGUGAAGCAGUGUCCUCAAUAUCCGUUCAUCCAUCGGGACGUUUAGCGUUAUCAGUGUCCACCGACAAAUCUUUAAGAACGUGGAACCUGCUAACUGGGAGAUCAGCGUAUGUUACUAAUAUAAAGCAAGUUGCAAAUAUUGUUUUGUGGUCACCCUCAGGGGAAACCUAUGCUGUUGCAACGAAGUUGCAAGUUAUAGUCUACAAAGUUUCUACUGCAGCUCAAGUGUAUACAAUAGAGUGCGCCAAAACUGUCUUAGCUAUGACGUUUAUUGACGAAAAUAUCUUAGCUAUUGGUGGAGAAAUGCAGGAAAUUGAAAUUAAUGAUAUUCAAUCAGAAAAACGUAUUCAAUCUAUAGCAGGUCAUGAAACUAGAAUCAAAGGUUUAGAAAGUGUUCAGUAUAAUAAUGAGAAAUCUGAUGUCAUACAAGUCCUUUUAUUUUCUGUUUCUUCCGAUGGCGUAUUGAAGGCAUGGUCUUUUCACAAUGGACAAUAUGAUGAUAAACCGAAUCUUCUUUGUCAGUUUGAGUUGAGUGGCAGACCAACAUGCAUGACUGUAUUCACAGGAAAAUCUAGAGUACCGAAAAGUACCCAAUCUGCGCCAAAAAGUGAAACAGAGAUUGAGUUGAGGAAAAAACCCAAAGAAAAAUCAGAAGGAAAACAGACAAAAUCUUCAGGAUCAGCUGAAUCGUCGGGGUUAAGAAAAAUAAAAUCGAAGAAAAGAAAAAGAGCAAAAAUCUCCGAAGUAAAGUAGAGCUUGUUCGAGUAUAUUGUAAAUUUAAUUUGUAAAUAGAGUCAGUUUUCUUAAGUCUGUUUUCAUUCAAGUGAUAUUAAAAGGAAAU